GUAUAUAAUAGCCAUUUAAUAACGCGAGACACACUUGUAAUGAGAAGUUGGAAUUGAAUUUAUUAGUUUUUGACGGUGAAAAACGUAAUAUUUUGUAUUAAAUUAUAAUUAAUAAAAUUCGAAUAGUAAUACAGCAAUUUGAGCUUAAAAUGGAAGUGAACGAAGAUGCAAUUGUAUCUGAAAAUUACUUGUGAAAAUCUAUGGGAAAAUUUUCAAGUAAAGCGAAUAGAAUUUUAUGGAAAUAGAGCAAUAACGAUAGAAGUAAAGAAGAAGAGGCGAUUUAAGAAAGAAGCGGUGACAGAGACAGCAGCUAGAGUGAGAGAAAGGUGAUUGCGAAAAAUCGAAAAGAAGAAAAAACAGAAACAGUGAACACACAAACAACAAGAAGACAGCAACAAAAAUGACAUUUCGGCAGAGACGUCGACAGUGUUGAUUGCAAAGUCGGCGACGACGACAAAAUGUUUGGUCGGCGUACGUGUGUGAAUAAAGAGCAGCGUAAAAUAUAAGAAAUACAAUUAAUUUAAAAGUAGUGUUAUAAAGUUUUGAUUAAAUAUAAUUUAUUCAAAGAAAAACAAACUUCAUAAAAAGAUAAAACCGUAAAAGUGUAUUGAAUAAAAUUUUUGAGUAUUGGAAAAUACAUAAAAUCUAAAGUAGUAAUUAAAACAGAAAGAAGAAGCAACAAAGUGUAUUAAGGAAAAGAAACAUCAAAUUACCGAAAGCUAGUGGAUCCUCUCACACACAGUUUUAUCACGUAAAAACGAACUUGUAGCAUAAAGCAAACGUGAAACAUUAAAAAUCUGGGUACAGCAGCCAGAUUCGGUGUGUAUAUUUCCAGUGGUGUUGUGCAAAGGCAAAUAUGCAAAUCUGCUCAUCAAGUCUCGGAUUCGCGCAUACGACAGAAGGCUGCAGCUUCAGCUUUAUUAUGGCGGCGUUAGCAUCAACGUAAGCGCAAGUCCUCGGAUUCUCGCCACCUUCUACUUGUCCUCAUGGUUUUUGCGCCCGUUUGGCAUGGCGAAGUGUUUGUUGAUCGCGAUGAAGGUUGUGUGCUGGUUUCUGUGUUAUUUGUAUUUUGAACGUAUCAGCAGCAGAGGCAACAAUACAAAAACAGCAUAGGUACAAUAGCGGCAACGGUAGCAGCGCAGCCACAGCAACAUUUAUAAUAAUUGUGCACGAGUGUAUCAACGACUGCGACGACGACGACUGCUGUUUCACAGAUUCAAACGUACACGAACACAAUUAUUAGCGCAACGACGUUUAUUUAGUGAAGUGGUUGGAAAAGCAGAAGAAGCGGCAGAAGUACCAACAAAAGCAUACAAAAUAAAGAAAAAACGGUAAAAAGGAGAAGCAAGCAUGGCAAACAUGAACUAAAUUUUGCAUAAGACGAGGAACGAGCAUUUUGAUUGUAAAAAGUUCAUUUCGAUAUGUGUUUUUGCGAAUAAUAGUAAAAUCAAAAAAAUAAGCUAAUAUAAAAUAUAGUUUGUGCGGAGCAUAGAAAGAAGUCAAAAAGAAAUCAUAUUAAUACCAGUAAUAGUAACAUCAGCAACAGUAUUGGAUUUACUGACAUGGUAUUGUGGAAGAAGAAGCAAAUGUGACUACAGAAAGCAAAAACACGAAUACAGGAGGACCAGCGAAACGCACAAAUUACCCACGAAAGCAACUGAUACAACAGAAAGUACAUUAAAUAUGCUGAAAGUCAAAAAAGAAAAGAGAAUGACUGCGUGAACUUCGCAGUGGCGGCGAGCGCCUAUUAAAUUUGUACGGUGGCCUCAAAACUUAAAGAAAUAGAAAAAAGUAAAUGGAAACAGAUUAAGAAUAUUAUAUGCAAUAGUGAAAAAAGUGAAAAAUAAUAUAUAUCUAUAUAUAGAGAGAUAUAUAAUCUAAGACACACUAAAGUUGGAAAUUAAAGAGUCGAAUACCGGUAAGCAGUGUUUUAAAUUUUUAACCACUGCGAGGAAAAAACAAGGCUCUUAUAGAAAUCCGACUAUAUUUAUAAGAUUAGAUAAAGUGACUAACUGAUCCAAAAACACUAAACAAGAGUUGAAAGUAAGAAAAAACCGCGCAACACAUCACAACAGAGAAUGUAUGGAAAGGCGAAGACAUCGUCAGUGCCAUCAGAUGCACAGGCACGUGAAAAAUUGGCACUAUAUGUUUAUGAAUACCUGUUACACGUUGGCGCCCAGAAAGCAGCUCAAACAUUUUUAUCGGAAAUUCGGUGGGAGAAAAACAUUACGUUAGGUGAGCCACCUGGGUUCCUACACACAUGGUGGUGCGUGUUUUGGGAUCUCUACUGCGCCGCGCCAGAACGGCGAGAUCAAUGUGACCAUUCAUCAGAAGCCAAGGCCUUCCAUGACUAUGGUUUUGUUAGUUCCGGUUACGGAGUAAAUGGAAUUGGUCCCGGAGGACCGCAUAGUGCUGGUGGUCCAGCUCCUAGUCCACUGGGUCAAAUGCCACCAGGUAGUGAAGGUCCGAUGGGGCCAGGUGGUCCAAUGGGUCCUAAUUUUUUUCCAAAUUCUACAAUGCGACCCUCACCACCGACUCAUGCGUCGAGUCCCCAACCACCACCAUCACAAAUGAUGCCGGGUCAACCGCCAUUUAUGGGCGGUCCGCGAUAUCCUGGAGGACCUCGUCCUGGUGUACGUAUGCAGGGCAUGGGCAAUGAAUUUAACGGUCCUCCUGGUCAACCCAUGAUGCCGAAUAGUAUGGAUCCAACGAGACCUGGAGGUAUGGGUCCAAUGAAUCCGCGUAUGAAUCCUCCUCGUGGACCAGGUGGAAUGGGUCCUAUGGGGUACGGUGGGCCUGGAGGCAUGCGAGGCCCUGCUCCAGGACCGGGUGGAAUGCCACCUGGUAUGGGUAUGGGAGCGGGUGGACGACCGCCACAGUGGCAACCAAACGCUACAGCACCAAUGAACGCUUAUUCAUCAUCUUCGCCAGGGAACUAUGGCCCUGGACCUGGUUCGAAUGGACCACCUGGUCCAGGAACGCCGAUUAUGCCAUCACCCCAAGAUAAUACCCAAGCUGGUCCAGGCGGUCCAGGCGAUAAUAUGUACUCGAUAAUGAAACCUGAAUUUCCAAUGGGUGGUGGACCCGAUGGCGGUGGAGGAGGUCCGGGUGGUAUGGGUCCUAUGGGCGGGGGACCUAAUUCAAUGGGUCCUGUACUUAAUGGUGGCGGUGGAGAUGGUACCGGAUUAGAUGGCAUGAAAAAUUCGCCAGCAAAUGGAGGUCCGGGAACGCCUCGUGAAGAUUCUGGAAGUGGAAUGGGAGAUUACAAUUUGGGAGGAUUCGGCGGUCCAGGGGAAAAUGAUCAAAAUGAAUCAGCAGCUAUACUAAAAAUAAAGGAAAGUAUGCAUGAAGAGGCCAAAAGGUUUGAAAAAGAUUCGGAACACCCGGACUAUUUUAUGCAAUAACAACAUAGUAGCAACCCGGCCACGACGCACACGACAGCGGCAGUAGCUGCAGCGGCGGCAGCUUUAGGAGCAAAUAUACUGAGCGGUCAAGCUGCAGCCGUUUCUCAAAAUCUUAGCACCAGUAACAUUAGCAACACUAGUGGCAACAACAAUCUCAUCAACAAUGCCAACAAUAGUAGUCCCCCCGCAUUAACGCCGCAUUUCCAUAAGGAACUUAAUUUUUAAAGAAAUAAUUUUCGAUUACCAUUAACAUCAGAAAGAGAAAGAUCAUAAAAAUUGAUAUACAUAUAUAUAUACAGUUAUGAGUAAAACACACUGUUCAAUUAUCAAUAACAGUUUAUAAAUAAUCCAAAUUCAGAUUGCAUGUCUUUAAAAAUUAUCAGGUUGGAAAUGAGACCGACCGUAAAAAAGAACAGUUAAGAUAAUGCCCAAGAAAUGUAAUUUAUCCGGGAUCUUUAAUUGAUGGGUCUGUUUUCUUUCGCAGACAACGCGCCAAUAACGCGGAUAAAUAUUAAAAAAAAGCUACCCAACUUGAUCUUCGAGUAACUUUUACUUUGAAAAAUUUGCAGAAAGUAUUAAGAUUGUACAAAAUAAAAGCGCAAUUAAAUAUAUCAAUAGACACCGUGCACAGUCGAUUUUACAAAUCAAAUAAAAGAUAAUUCAUUUCGAAUAUGGAAUUUAGAUGGUCGAGAUAUCGAAAUUAUACAAAUAUGCAACAAGAAUCCUACAUCCCUAUCUUUGAUUCAUUGCUAAGCAUGAAGCAAAUAUAAAAUAACAUGAAUAGAAAAAGAUCAGUAAAGACAUGUUUUUUUUUUUGUAAAAAAAUAUACAAACAUUUACCAAUAAUUGUUAAUCCUAAAAUAAUAUGGUACUUAUUAAAGCGAACUUAAACUGUAUAAUAUUUAACAUAAACGACUUCAUAUUACUAAAUGCUAAACGCAGAUAUGUUAAAAUAUAAAAACUUAUAGCUAUUAAAAGAUUGCACCUAUGAGGAAAUACUUUAAUGAAAAAAACGUGCAUAUGUAAUAGUAUUUAGUGUAAACGCGGUAAAUGCAGCAUUACAGUUGUAGAUGCUGCAUAAACCGCUCACCCAUAAAUAUACGUGUAUAAUAUACUAAAAUAUGGAAUAUGUAAAAUAUAUAUAAAUAAAAGGUGUAUAACAAUUAUUUGUCAGAAGCAGCACUCGAAUUUUAUAAAGUCUCUUUUUUCGGUUGCAUUAAGUAUAUAAGAAGUGAUCAAACGUCGAAAGAGGAGAUAAGUGUGGACACCACCUAACAAAUAUCGAAAUUGCACAAAUUGAAUGUAAUGCUGCGAAUAAUUUCUUCUGAAAUAGUAAUACAAUUAUUUUCUUUUCGUUCAAUAAAAUAAUCAAGCUUUUAUAAAGCAAAACUAGUGCUCAGCACAUAUUAAAAUUAAUUGGGCACAAUUGUACACCCAAGGUAAAUUUUUAGUUUAAUCUUUUUUGGUAGUAAUUUGUACAAUUUGAAAUGGUUUUCAUAUGAACAUAUAGGCAUAAUUUAAUAAGUGUGGUAGGAAUAAUCAUAUUGUUUAAAUAUGUUCUAUUUUUUCGCUUUCAUUGAAAAUAAUUUAUUUAGUUUAGAAAAAAUGCCGCCAAAGUUUUGAAGUAGAAACAGUAAUUUUGCUGGUUGAUUUGUACAUUUUUAAAAUAAAAAUAGUCCCCUAUUUUACUUCAAAUGAAAUAUGGAUUUUCGGCGGAGAAACGAAAUAUACAAGGUUCCAUUCUUUAUUUUAUAUGUCUUUAUUUAUUAAGCUCAAUAUUCCAGAUUCUGAAGAGUUGCAAUAAUUUUAAAUAUAUAAAUUUCAAUCAAUUUUAAAGUAGUGCAUUCAUGACAAAACAUCACGUGCUUUUAAUAAAUUUGUUUUCAGAAUCAUAGUUAUGACUAUAUAUUGAUACAUUAUUCAGCGUAAUUUGAAAUAUUUUACUGUUGAAGGUGUCACAAAAGGUCUUACAAGUGCUAUCAAUAGUGGUGGUGUGCCACCGAAAAAUAUGCAAUUAGACAAAAAUUUUUCUUUGGUUCGCAUAUAAAAUAUGUAAAAUAUAUGUUUAUAUCUAUUCAAAUGCUAUAUUAUAUACGCGUAAAUGCAGAUUUAGUAUUGAGAGUGAUUUUAUGCGUCUGAGGGGAAAAUAGAAUCAUCCCAUAUAAACGUACAUACAUAUGUAGACAUAAAUAUACAAAUAUUUCUAUAACUAUGCUUAUAUAGCGAUAAAUAUACAUAUAUGCUGCAUGUGUAUAUAUACCAAUAUAUAACGCAUUAUUGUACAAAAAUUCAAAUUAUAUACACAGCAUAUGUAAUUAAAUAAAAUAUUUACUUAUAUAUAUAAAAAAAAAUAAUUAUUUCAAAAGAUAGCACAUUACAACUUAAAAGUCUUUAUAGUUAUCAUUAGCAGAAGGGAAAGCAAAGAAUAAAUAAAAUAUAAAAAAAAAAUAUAAAAAGCGAAAAACACUUAAAAACAAAAAAUGGUUGAAUAAAUUAGUUAAUAAGUACAGUGUAAGUAAUGAAAUAUGAAUAUCUAUUAUGUAGGCAUGUACUGUACAAUAUUUAUACAUGGAUUAUUGAUCAUUGUUCUUACAUGUAUGUAUGUAGUAUUUUCAUCGCGUUUCUUUUUUUUAUUACUUCUGUGUCCUUAGAGCGGUUUAGUCUUAAUUUUAAUGAUUUUUCAUAUCCCAAAAAUUAGGGUUAGUCCUAUUUGAUGUAUUAAUUUUAUUUUAAAAAUCAAAACAGAUAAAUCAAAACACAUGCAUUACAAUGGUAUUAAAAAGAGCCUUUCAUUAACUGCAUCACUUUUGAAAUACAUAUACACAUUUUGUAUUUAUAAAGGUAAAGUUGAUUGAAAUUUUAUUAGUAUCUGAAAAUUAAUUUGUAGAUGCAUAUUUCAACAAAUAUUUAAUACGAAAACCACUAAAAAUAGUUUUCGACAAAUGCAAAAUAAUGAAAAUAUUAAUUUCUAAAUUUUAUAUUAUAAGCUUAAGAUAAAAAAUAAAAUACCUAUAUAUUCAUAUAUAAAAUAAAAAUUUGCAUAUGACAAAAUUGUGUGAAAGAAGGAAUGUACAAUGAAUGCACACUUUUAUGCGAUUAAUGUCAUUGUAAUCGACGAUGAUGAAUGUGAUCAUCGUGGUAAUAUUUCGUGAUGAGUAUAUGAAUUUUGAUGCAGUUUGUAUGCAUGAAACGAUAAAUAAAACCGCAGUUGCAAAUAUUAAAAAAAAGAACAAUUAACAAUAAAUUAUGAGUAAAAACGAAUUAUUGAAAUGUGGUGGUGAAUUAUGCAAAUAUGUUUAAAAUAAGUAUUUUUAGUGUUAAUUAUAUACAAUUUGCAAAUGGCAUAAUAGCAUAACACAUGAAAAACAUAAAAACUAUAAAAACGUGAAAAUGAUGAAUAAAGUUUUAAAACAAAAGUAUUUGUAAAAAGUAAAAAGGA